UUUCUUCUUCUUCCUUUCUCACAUUCCCAUUUUCCCGACCAAUUUUCCGGCACAGAUCUUUUCCGAUCUCUGAUCACACUCCGGCUCCGAACCCAUUUCCCAAACCCACUAAAUGUGCUAACUUUACUAAUUUCUCACCGACCUACAAACUUAUUUAUCAUUGUUCACUCGAAUCUGCUUCAAAGUUGUCUUCUUUUGGGUGUUUGGAGAGUACCCAUUUGGUUUUUUGUGAGAAAUGACGUCAGGGACGAGGCUACCAACGUGGAAGGAGAGAGAAAACAACAAGAGAAGAGAGAGAAGAAGAAGAGCCAUAGCAGCAAAGAUCUUUGCGGGUCUGAGAAUGUACGGGAAUUUCAAGCUUCCGAAGCACUGUGACAACAAUGAAGUGCUUAAGGCUCUAUGCAACGAAGCUGGGUGGACUGUUGAACCUGAUGGAACCACUUACCGAAAGGGAUGCAAGCCUUUGGAGCGCAUGGACAUAGUUGGUGGAUCAGCAGCAGCAAGCCCUUGCUCAUCUUACCAUCCAAGUCCUUGUGCUUCCUACAAUCCAAGCCCUGGUUCAUCCUCCUUCCCAAGUCCAUCCUCAUCCCCUUACACCACAAAUCCGAAUGCUGAUGGUAAUUCCCUCAUUCCGUGGCUCAAAAACCUCUCCACUGCCUCAUCUUCAGCAUCAUCUCCCAAGCUUCCCCAUCUCUACCUACACAGUGGCUCGAUCAGCGCUCCUGUCACGCCUCCACUGAGCUCUCCAACCGCUAGAACGCCACGAAUCAAUGCUGACUGGGACGAUCAGUCUGCGCGGCCGGGGUGGAUUGGACAACACUACUCAUUCCUACCAUCUUCUAGUCCUCCUAGCCCUGGCCGCCAAGUUGUUGACCCUGAAUGGUUUGCUGGCAUCAAACUUCCUCAUGUUAGUCCAAAUUCACCAACAUUCACCCUUGUUUCUUCAAACCCUUUUGCCUUCAAGGAUGAUGGUUUGGCUGGUAGCGGUUCACGCAUGUGGACUCCUGGUCAGAGGGGAACAUGCUCUCCUGCUGUUGCACCCGGUUGUGAUCACACUGCUGAUAUUCCAAUGUCUGAAGCUGUUUCAGAUGAAUUUGCAUUUGGAAGCAACACAUUGGGGCUUGUGAAGCCAUGGGAAGGAGAAAGGAUCCAUGAAGAAUUUGUAUCAGAUGAUCUUGAACUCACUCUUGGUAACUCAAAGACCAGGUAG